UCAAACAUUGUCAAUCACUCCUGUAACUUCACGACGAAAACAACAUAAUACAAAAUUGUGUUUAUGUUCAUUUUUAAAUUCCUGUAAAAUUCAAUUUUUUUUUAAUUUGUUGAAAACUAAAAUUUUAAAAUACUCAUUUUAUUCAAAUGACCGAAUUGCUUUCGCGUGAACAAGAAUUUCUUAAAAUCAACGAAAACUUGGACAAGAUGACCAAGUUGGCUACGGAAAAACCACAGCCGACGAAAAUUAUCGAUUCAAAAUAUGCAACUUACACUAAAAAGUGUCCAAUUAUCGCGGUUAGGCAACAUUCAAAAACCAACGAGAUGAACUUAAAUGGGAUAAAAGAAAAGAACUCUAACACUAAGGAAAAUGUUUCCCAAAAUGGUGUUCGAAAGAAAAUUGCACCGAAGGAACGUCAACUUCAGGGAAUCGUCGAGGAGAAGAAGAACAAUUUUGAAGAAAAUGUUGUUGCUAGUGUGAGAAGUUCUGUGCGAACGCUUCCUCUAACUCGAAGCACCACUUCGAAAUAUCCGUCAAAUGUAGUCUUGCGCUACAAGAACAAUUCGUUUAUUCAAAGUCCUUCUUUGGAAAUUCUGGUGAGAGAUGAAAACGAGUCAAUUCGCAGUUUGGCCUCAUCGCGCACUUCUGAAUUCAGUGGAGCGGUUUUAACAGCUCGUCCCAAAAUUGACCUAAGCUCCGAAGGUCUUUUGAAAUAUUUAAAGUCUAGAAUUGUCAUUUUACAAUCGGAACAUGAGAAGAUUACUCAGGAAUUGUCCGUUCAGAAGGAAUUGGCUGAGAAAAGUGCCGAAAGGCAAAAGAAGGUCGAAACUCAACGGGAUCUCGCUUACUCUAGAAAUAAUGCAUUAUCAGAGCAAUUGGCAAAAUUAGAAGGACAACUAGAGGAAGCGCUAAGACGUUUUAAAGAUACCGAUUCCGAGCACAAUACUACCCGUAAAGAACUGGAAACUACUAAACGGGAACUAAAGGUGCUGACCCAAACACAUGCCAACGUAGAAAAACGCUUAUACCGAACCAGUGAAGAACUCGAUAACACACGAAAUAUUCUGAAUCAAAUGAAAAGUUCAGACAAGGAAGUCAGAGAAUCGAUUCGAAAUGAGACUGAAGCUAAAGACAAACAAAUCAAGAGCUUGAAGAAGCAACGUGCGGACUUAUUGAACGCGUAUAAGAAGCAACUAUUUCUAAUCGAUAACUUAAAGCGUCAGAACUUGUGUAUGGAGCAGUCGAAGAUGGUUGCUUUUGGUGAGAAAGAGUUUAAUAAAGUUCUCGAUUGGCAAACGAAAACUUAAGCUGGUGCUGAUGUUUUAAAAUUAUUCAUUUGUAUGUGUGUUCUUUUGUUAUGGUCUGAAAUAAGUAUAAUAAAAUUAAAAAUUCUUACUCAGUC